UCAUUCCACCCCCUCUCUCUUUUAUCCCCGUCUCAUUCUCAUUCGUUCUCACACUCACACAUACUCUCUCUCUCUCUCUCUCUAAAAACCAGUAUUGUUUGUGUUAUUGAAUGAUCAUCACUGAAAAUGGCUCUUCUACUAGACAACUGUGAAGGCAUUUUACUCUCAUUAGACUCACACAAAUCAGUCCCAGCUCCAUUCCUCACCAAAACAUACCAACUUGUUGAUGAUCCAGCCACAGAUCACAUCGUUUCUUGGGGUGAAGAUGACUCCACCUUCGUUGUUUGGCGUCCUCCUGAAUUUGCUAGAGACCUCCUCCCUAACUACUUCAAACACAACAACUUCUCUAGCUUCGUUCGACAACUCAACACCUAUGGUUUUAGAAAGAUUGUACCUGACAGAUGGGAGUUUGCAAAUGAAUAUUUCAAAAAAGGAGAAAAGCAUUUGCUUUGUGAGAUUCAUAGAAGAAAAACAUCACAGCCACAACAAACAGGAAUCAACAUGAAUCAUCACCAGCAGCAUCACAAUGUUCCACCAAGUUUCUUUCCAUUUUCAAACACUAGAGUUAGCAUUUCUCCAUCCAAUGAUUACUCUGAUGAACAACUCAACAACUGGUGCGACUCUCCACCAUUAACUUCACCAUCAUUUGUUAAUGGAGGAACACAAACAACAGCAACAAACAACUACAAUACUUCUGUUACUGCUCUUUCUGAAGACAAUGAAAGACUAAGAAGAAGUAACAACAUGUUAAUGUCUGAGUUAGCUCACAUGAAGAAGCUUUACAAUGAUAUUAUCUACUUUGUUCAGAAUCAUGUUAAACCAGUAGCUCCAAGUAACUCUUACUCUUCAUCUUUUCUGCUUCCACAAGCUUCAAAUUCAACUCCUAUGAAUGGUGGUGGUAAUGUUUCAAUGGUGCAAAAGCCAAUGAACCAGCUUUUGGGCUAUUACAAUUCUAACCCUAAACAUGUUUCUCAUCUUCAAACUCAAAAUCAAACACAUCAUGGUAUGAAUGUGAACUCUCCUACAAACACAUCAAGAAGCUCAAUAACAAUGGUUGAAGGGCUUAACAGUAAUAACUGCAGCAAGACUAAGCUUUUUGGAGUAUCACUUCAGUCCAAGAAAAGAGUGCACCCUGAAUGUGGAUCUAAUAAUCCAAAUAGUUUGGAAACAAACAAGGCUCGUUUGGUUUUGGAAAAAGAACAUGAUUUUGAUUUGGGUUUGAAUCUCAUGCCUCCUUCCACUUGUUAGUUAGUUUCUUAAAUGAGAAUCCUAAGCUAGUUAGGUUUUUUAUUUUAUUUUUAUUUUAGUUUUUUUUACUUGUUUGUUUUAUUUUAUUCUUAUCUUUCUUAUUUUAUUGUUGAAGAAUGAAGUUGAUUAUCAAGUUUUGAGUCACGGAGGAGCUAGGAAGAUCAUGAUGAUAUUGAUGGAAACAUGUGUUUUUGCGUGCGUGUGUGAUUCUGUGUACAUAUAACUUAGUGCCAAUAUUAUCUUUGUUCACAAUCUAUUGAUGUAGGUGGAUUUUGGUAGUACUAAGAUUAAAGAUCAAAAUUAAAUUACCAAACUUUAAAUGUUUGGUUCAA